AUGAAGCUCUCCCCAGCCACCAAGUCAUUCAUCGGCAAGACCGUCGACGUCUCCACACUGGCCAUUCAAUGGGGAUUCGUGCCGUUCGUCGUGUAUUUGGGAUUCAAGAAGGGCGCCGAGCCAAUGCCAAAUGGGCAGGUCAUUCCACUCACCGUGAUGAGCCUUCUCUGGGGAUAA